GCGUCCCCACCACCGCCUCGCGGCUCUUCUCUUAAAUGCAAAGCAAAACCCUCUCUCCUUUGUAGGGUUUCUCUGGUUCUCUCUCGCGCCUCCUCCAACUGAUCCACCAUUCGCAGAGAAAGAAAGAGAGACAGAUUCAUACUGCAAUCGUAGUAGUUAAUAGUAGUAGCAUGGCUCAGUCACUGGAAUUGCUGUUAAUCCAGUUCUUGAUGCCGGAUAAUGAUGCUCGGCGGCAAGCGGAGGACCAGAUUAAGCGGUUGGCCAAGGAUCCGCAGGUGGUUCCGGCGCUGGUUCACCACCUCCGCACCGCGAAGACGCCUAACGUCCGCCAGCUCUCCGCCGUACUCCUGCGCAAGAAGAUCACCGGCCACUGGGCCAAGCUCUCCCCCCAGCUUCGUCAACUCGUCAAGAAGUCCCUCAUCGAAAGCAUCACCAUGGAACACAGUCCCCCAGUGAGGCGAGCUAGUGCAAAUGUGGUGAGCAUCAUUGCAAAGUACGCUGUUCCAGCUGGCGAAUGGCCUGAUUUAUUGCCUUUUUUAUUCCAAUGUAGUCAGAGCCCGCAAGAAGAUCAUAGAGAAGUGGCAUUGAUCCUUUUCAGCUCUUUAACUGAAACAAUUGGGAAUUCUUUUCGACCACAUUUUGCAGACUUGCAAUCUCUUUUACUCAAGUGCUUACAAGACGAGACAAGUAACCGCGUCAGAAUUGCUGCACUCAAGGCAGUUGGGUCUUUCCUUGAGUUCACUCGUGAUGGGGCAGAAGUGGUCAAGUUUCGAGAGUUUAUCCCUAGCAUUUUAAAUGUAUCAAGGCAAUGCCUUGCCUCUGGUGAGGAGGAUGUUGCUGUUAUUGCUUUUGAAAUAUUUGAUGAGCUGAUUGAAUCUCCUGCACCCCUACUUGGGGAAUCAGUUAAAGCCAUUGUGCAGUUCUCUCUUGAAGUUUGUUCUAGCCAAAACUUGGAAACUAGUACUCGUCAUCAGGCAAUCCAAAUAAUUUCAUGGCUUGGGAAGUACAAACCAAAUUCCCUUAAAAAACAUAAGCUGGUGAUUCCUAUUCUCCAAAUUAUGUGUCCGUUGCUUGCUGAAGCUUCUAAUGGUGAUGACGAUGAUCUGGCACCAGAUCGAGCUGCAGCUGAAGUUAUUGAUACCAUGGCGUUAAACCUUUCAAAGCACGUGUUCCCACCUGUUUUUGAAUUUGCUUCAUUGAGCAUUCAAAGUGUUAAUCCCAAGUUUCGGGAAGCUUCAGUUACAGCUUUAGGUGUUAUUUCUGAGGCGUGCUCGGAGUUGAUGAAAGAUAAGUUGGAACCAAUUCUUCAUAUUGUCUUGGGGGCUCUGAGAGAUCCUGAACAAGUGGUAAGGGGGGCUGCUUCAUUUGCAUUGGGUCAAUUUGCAGAGCAUUUGCAACCUGAGAUUGCAUCUCAAUACGAAAGUGUUCUUCCUUGCAUUUUAAGUGCUCUGGAAGAUACAUCUGAUGAAGUAAAGGAGAAAUCGUACUAUGCUCUGGCAGCAUACUGUGACAACAUGGGUGAAGAAAUCCUUCCUUUUCUUGAUCCUCUCAUGGGAAAAUUGCUUGCAGCACUUCAGAAUAGCCCUCGUAAUUUGCAGGAGACUUGCAUGUCUGCAAUUGGUUCAGUUGCAUCUGCAGCAGAGCAAGCCUUCAUCCCGUAUGCUGAAAGGAUUCUGGAAUUGAUGAAAGCAUUCAUGGUGCUUACAAAUGAUGAGGACCUUCGCUCCCGAGCAAGAGCUACUGAACUGGUUGGCAUAAUUGCCAUGUCUGUAGGACGAAUGCGGAUGGAACCCAUUUUGCCCCCCUUUAUUGAAGCUGCCAUUUCUGGAUUUGGCUUGGAAUUCAGUGAGCUUCGGGAAUAUACCCAUGGCUUCUUCAGCAAUGUAGCAGAGAUUUUGGAUGAUGGAUUUGUGCAGUACCUUCCACAUGUGGUACAUCUUGCCUUCUCCUCCUGCAAUCUUGAUGAUGGUUCUGCUGUGGAUAUUGAUGACUUUGAUGAGGAUGAGAACACUAGUGGAUUUGGUGGUGUUUCAUCUGAUGAUGAAGCUCACGAUGAAGCAAGGGUUCGAAAUAUAAGUAUCAGAACUGGAGUUUUAGAUGAAAAGGCUGCUGCCACACAGGCCCUUGGUUUAUUUGCUUUGCAUGCCAAGAAUCACUUUGCACCUUAUUUGGAGGAGUCAUUGAGGAUUUUGGUCAGACACUCAAGCUACUUUCAUGAAGAUGUCCGGCUUCAGGCCAUUAUCUCUUUGAAAUAUAUUUUGACAGCUACACAAGCCAUAUUCCAAGGUCAUAAUGAAGGACCCACAAAGGUUAGAGAAGUAUUUGAUGCUGUGAUGAAUAUUUAUAUCAAGACUAUGACUGAAGAUGAUGACAAGGAAGUUGUUGCUCAAGAUUGCAUGAGUGUAGCUGACAUUGUUAAGGAAGUUGGAUUUGUAGCAGUUGAGCCAUAUAUGCCUCAGCUUGUGGAGGCAACUUUGGUAUUGCUGAGAGAAGAGUCAGUUUGUCAGAAAAUAGAAUCUGAUGGUGAGAUUGAUGAUGAUGAUGCUGAACAUGACGAAGUGCUUAUGGAUGCAGUUUCUGAUAUCCUCCCUGCGUUUGCAAAGUCCAUGGGUCCACAUUUUGCACCUAUCUUUGAGAAGAUGUUUGGCCCUCUGAUGAAGUUCGCGAAAGCUUCACGCCCACCACAAGAUCGAACCAUGGUAGUUGCAUGCCUUGCAGAAGUUGCUCAGCAUAUGGGUGCUCCUGUUGCAGCCUAUAUUGAUGCUGUAAUGCCCAUAGUCCUCAAAGAACUAGCAUCGUCAGAGGCAACUAACAGGAGGAAUGCUGCAUUUUGUGUUGGAGAGCUCUGCAAAAAUGGUGGCGAUUCUUCCUUGAAAUACUACAGUGAUGUACUUCGUGCACUUUUUCCCUUGUUUGGGGAGUCUGAACCUGAUGAUGCUGUGAGGGACAAUGCGGCUGGUGCUGUAGCAAGGAUGAUAAUGGUGCAUCCUGAAUCCAUACCUUUGAAUCAGGUGCUUCCAGUUUUCCUGAAAGUUCUCCCAUUGAAAGAAGAUCAUGAAGAAUCUAUGGCUGUCUAUAGUUGUGUUUGCAAUCUUGUCCUCUCAUCUAAUCCCCAGAUCUUAACUCUAGUUCCAGAGCUGGUAAAUCUAUUUGCCCAAGUUGCAGUAUCAAACGUGGAAACAUCUGAAGUCAAAUCUCAUAUAGGCAGUGCUUUUUCCCACCUGAUUUCUCUUUAUGGACAUCAGAUGCAACCCAUUUUGAGCACUCUUUCACCUGUACAUGCCAAUGCCUUAGCUGCUAUUUCUCCAAAAAGCUGACACCCGAUUGUGCCUGCUGGCAUUCUACAUUUGGAUGGAUGUUUGAGUAAUUAAUUCAGUUCACAGAGUGCGGUUUGUUCUGUUUACUUGGAAUUGAUGGUGAUCCCUUCUUGAAGAUUCUCAAAAAGGUUUGGUUUGCCCUCCAAUUUUUCCCGUUUGGAGGCACUGCUCAUUCUUCCCCUUUUUCUUUUUCUUUUUUAAUUGUUUGUUCCCUUAUAAUUUAUGUUUAUUCUUUAAGCUUGGGGGUUCUGUGUUCAUUAUUAUAUCUGUAUUGAAUUGCGUUGCGUGAAGUUGUGUAAAUCCGCAACUUGCCAUAGCCUCGGUUACUUUCUUUUUACCUUAAUUCGUAUAAAAUUGGUUUGUAUAUCUGAUUGGAUUACGCUAGCUGCUGUACUAAUUCUUUCAAGUGGAAACUUAUUACUUGGUUCUGCACAUA